UUCCAAAAUAGAAACAUUGGACCUUCAGUUUCAAUUUUGUUUAUUAUAUCUUCGUCAAUGGACUUGGGCAGUGUCGCGUAAUCGUGUCAAUUACUUCACCAAAACCGUGGAAUCUCCAUGGUGUUCUUCUGGGCGGUCCUCGCUUUGGGCCUCCUCCUUCAAUUGCCACCGCCGACGGCGGGAUUGGUGCCGGAGUUCAUUACCUCCAGGCGCGGAGCCGUGGCCAGCGAUGACCGCCGCUGCUCAAGAAUCGGGAGGGACGUCCUCCGGGAGGGCGGCCAUGCCGUGGACGCCGCCGUCGCCGCCGCUCUCUGUCUUGGUGUCGUCAGCCCUGCGUCCAGCGGUAUUGGCGGGGGUGCUUUCAUGCUUGUGCGGUCGGCGAGCGGGAGCUCACGCGCCUUCGAUAUGAGGGAGACCGCUCCCUUGGCUGCCUCCGAGAAUAUGUAUGCUGGAAAUGCUACACUUAAAGGAAGUGGUGCUCUCUCAAUAGCUGUUCCAGGGGAACUUGCAGGCUUGCAUGAGGCUUGGAAGCAUUAUGGAAAACUUCCAUGGAAGAGACUGGUGAUGCCAGCCGCACAGAUUGCUUACAGAGGAUUCAAAAUAUCUCCUUAUUUAUAUUUUCAAAUGAACAGAACAAAAUCAGGCAUUUUGGCAAAUAAAGGACUGUUUGACAUUUUUACAUCAAAUGGAAGCCUCCUGCAAGUGGGAGAUGUGUGUUAUAAUAAAAGACUUGCUGAUACUCUGAAAGAAAUAUCUAAACACGGACCAGAUGCGCUUUAUAAUGGUCCAGUUGGAGUUAAUUUAAUCACGGAUGUGCAAAAGUCUGGAGGGAUAUUAACAAAAGAAGACUUGGAGAGAUAUAAAGUAAAAGUGAAGAAGGUUGUAUCCGGUAAAUUCAUGGGACUAAACAUACUGGGCAUGCCACCUCCUUCAGCUGGUGGUGCUGGACUCAUACUUAUAUUAAAUAUUCUUGCUCAAUAUAGAAUUCCAUCUGGUGUUUCCGGCUCUCUUGGACUUCAUCGAUUUAUUGAGUCACUAAAACACGUGUUUGCCAUAAGAAUGAAUCUCGGCGAUCCUGACUUUCACAAUGUCACACAAGUUCUUUCAGAUAUGCUUUCUCCUAAGUUUGCAGAAGAAUUGAGAAAAACCAUAUUUGACAACAGGACAUUUCCUCCUGAUUAUUAUGGUGGAAGGUGGAACAUUAUCCGUGAUCAUGGAACUUCUCAUUUAAGCAUUGUCGACCAUGAGAGAAAUGCAGUUUCAAUAACCAGUACUGUCAACUCAUACUUUGGAUCACACAUUUUGUCACCUAGCACUGGUAUAUUGCUCAACAAUGAAAUGGAUGAUUUUUCCAUCCCUGGUAAUUUUUCUGCUGAUGUUGCGCCACCAGCUCCUGCAAACUUUAUUAGACCACUAAAAAGACCAUUAUCUUCUAUGGCACCUACAAUUGUGGUUGAGGAUGGACAAUUGAAAGCUGUGGUGGGUGCAAGUGGUGGGGCUAUGAUCAUUGCUGGGACUGCCCAAGUAUUUCUGAAUCAUUUUGUGAAAGGAAUGGAUCCUUUAUCUUCAGUUCUAGCACCUAGAUUGUAUCAUCAGCUAAUACCGAACGUGGUUCAGUUUGAGAAUUGGACGACAGUAACAGGAGGCCACUUUGAAGUCCCCGCUGCAACAAGAGCAGCCUUGCAAAAGAAGGGUCAUGUUCUUCAAGGCCUUGCUGGUGGCACAAUUUGCCAGUUUAUUGUUCACCACCUGGGGAAGUCAUCUGUCCAUGGAGACGGAAGGGUUUCUUUCGGCCGACUCACUGCUGUGAGUGACCCUAGAAAAGGAGGUUUACCAGCUGGUUACUGAAGUGCUAUUCAGAUGAGCUUAGAACCAUUCAAGGAAAGAUCACACUUAGAUAGUUAAUGGUUUUUCUUUUCCAGUAGGUAUCUUGGAGUAGUCAGGAGAGUUAAUGGCCUUUUUCCAGAUUUCUUCAUUCAGGAACAAAAAAUUAAGAACAAUCUGUGUGUCUGAUGGCACGUCAAUAUAGCCUUAGUUGAGUUAUACUGGUUACAGCUUACAUGAUCAUGUCUCAGCCUGAUUCAAAUAAUGUUCUAUGUAUUCACACAUCAAAAAGUGCAUGAAUAAAUCAACUUAUUUUAG